AUGGAUCGAAGGUCCAUCGGAACUGAUCAGAUACAAUAUACUAGAUUAGUAAUAGACCUCGAAAAUGCUUUUAGAUCGCGGGCCAUUAAAGACCAACUUCGUGCCAUAUUGAGGGUUCCUCGCUUGUUAGACGAGCAGCCUUUCCCAGAAUUUGUUAGCAGCGCUUUUGUCAGACUUGCCGAGUUUUUUGCAAAGCUGGACGAUAGAUCAUUCCAGCGUAGAAUGUUUGCUAGUUCGCAGACUGAAACCAAAGAUUUACAAAAAGCUGGCUAUCAGUGGGAACAGCUAAUAUUUAAUUACAAUGUCACCCGUUAUUUCAUUUACAAAGUGUUCAAACAAAGCGACAAGCAUUUUGUAAAGAACAUUAAUGUCGACAAGAUAGUUAUGACGAUAUUCAUUAUACUCGGAAAUCAAAGCAAUGACCCCAUUGCGCGUUCUCUGACACUCAGAACGCUUGGUUGCCUUUCUCCUUUAUUGACGGAGCGUCUCAAUGUGCAACAUGGCAUAAUACAGCGAUUGGAUUCGCAUGUGUUAAUCGAAGCGAAUGCAGCUAUAUAUGCAGCAGAUAAUAUUUGCUCCAGAUCAGAGACGUUCUCAACGAUACUGUGCGAGAAACUGGCUAAUAUGGUUAGAGCGGAUCACGUGUCCCUCACCAUAAAAUUGAAACUCAUUCGAGUAUUUAGACACAUGCAUUGGAAUCUUGAUCUUGCUCAUAAGGUCGAGUUAUUGUUCGAGUAUGUGCUCGGUGAUUCAAGAGAGAAAGUUAUAUCAAGAGGGCUUACCGAUCUAACAAUGCUGGCUCGUAAAGAUGUGACAUUUCAUACGACACAUGCAUUAAAACUGCUGGAUAUUAUCAGUACCGCGGCUGAAUCAACUAUCAGGGUUAAAGCCCUACACGUUUUAACAAUUCUUUUUCAACGAAUGCCAUUGUUAUCUCGCAUUAUGUCAACUGAUUUUGAUAUCGAGACGCGAAGACAAGCAUUAGAACACUUUGGCAAUUGUGAGAAACUACUCAUUGAAUCUGAGCACGAAAUGGCUCUUGCUGUAUUGAGGCUGUUUGUAGUAGUUGUUACUGAGGUUGAUCGAAUAAAGUCGAUUCCUAGUGAGUCCAUCUCUCCUGAAUGGGUCGCACUACCAAUGAAGGCUAUACAAUAUCUACGAUGUCUUUUAUCCGUAUGCUCAAUUAGAGCCAGAAUAGUUGAUAGCAUAGAAAGAGAUUUAUUGAAUCUUAUAAGAACUGAUGGUGAAGGUGCUAACUUAUUGGCGAAGUUUCUUCUCAUUCUUUCGGAAGAUGGCAUUUUAAAUUCACAAAUAUUACCAGAAUUAUUAACACUAUUGGAAUCAGAUGAAUUCAUAGAAAAGCCGCAAUUGUUUGCGACACUUAUGCGCACAGUAUUAAGAUCAGCAUCGAAUGUUAUGAUGUUGAAAAAUGAGCGAGCGGCUAUAGUAAACAAUGUUAAAGUGAUCUUGGACAAGUUUGGUUCCUGGUCAGAUUCGAACUAUCAUCGGAAUCAAUGGUAUCUAUAUACUAUUGGCAGAGAGGCCGGGAAAAGGGGAUAUCACGAAAUUAUGAAGAUAGUGAUGAAAUCUCUCUAUUCUCAGGUUGAAUCAGAACGUUCUCGGUUCUGGUUGGAGGCUCUAAUGAGCGUAGCAGAGGCAGAGACAAAUAUACUAGUUACCAUUAAUGGAGAGACAUUGAAUCUGGGCUGUUUGUCUCAUGCAGUCAACUUGUAUACUGGUGUUUACUACAAACUGGGUGCGAUGGCUGCAAGUGCGAAAACCUUUCACAAUAGGCGAUUUCAGGAAUGGUUUAUCCAACUACGGUCGGAAUUCGUUCAAAUUAUACAAAGAACUCUAUUGCUUUUAAACCAUCCCUCAUUUCCAGUCUGGUCACAACCGAGUAGAACUCAAAUGUUUAUGUCUAUUGAUGGCUGCUUGUCUGACUUGGCGUGUCGAUUCAACUUUUGUGCCCAUUCUUUCCUUGACAUUGAGGAAGAAAGCGUAUCAGUAGACACUAUUAAUGGAUUGGAUCCCUUACUUUUACCGUUGAUACGCUAUGCAACUGCUGACCCUAAUAAUAAUAUGAAAUACAAAAUCGAGUUACAGAAAGGAAAAUCGGGGGGGUUUCAUUCGCGACUAGUAACAAGUUGUAUACAAAUUAUUCAGAUGGUCAUGAACUGGGUUAGGAUAGGCAACACGGCUGACGUGAUCGCACCAGUCAGAGAAGCUAUCCGGGACAUAAUACAAAUCCCAUUAACGUUACCGCCUUUCUUUUUCUCAAAUUAUAACCAUACCCAUAUACAGUGGACUACUGCCCCCGAGUGGAAGACUAGCAUUAACAACUUCUCUAUGUAUGAGCCAAAAAGAGUCUCAUGUAACGAAAAAUUGAUCUUACGAAUAGAUGGCAUAAUACAUCCUGGACAAUAUCCCACUCAAAGGUCCAUCAAGCAAGUCCAAGUCACUGUAUUUGGAUCACGCAUGAAUUAUGAACAUUUGUUCAUCAAGACAUCACUUGAAACUGCGAUGAAAUUCUCAUCAGCAGCAGCAAAACAUGCUACGGCAAAUAUUGCUAAUGAGCGGCAAUUAGAAGUCUGUCAGCCCACCGUUUGCACUGUAACCAACAACAACAAUUUCUUCACGUGCACGGCCUUAAUUACAUUCUUACGUGGUAAAAUG